AUAUUCGACGCAAGAUCGAUUUUCUUGAACACUGGAUCGAUGCCAUAAUGGUGUGAUUUAUUUCAGUGUCAUGUGAAAUCUGCAUGACCGUAUUUUUCGAGGUUGCUGGUAACCUACCUGAAUAAAUGAUAUCAAAAUGAUUAGCAAAUCAAAUAUUUCCACUUCUAGCUCGUGCGGUCCAUCACUCGAACAACAGCGAAGGAGAUUCGAAAGUACAAAGUUAAGAUUACAAAUGCUAUCGCGAAAGACAGAGGAAAUUCAUAUUGAUGAAUAUAUUAAAAAGCUUGCACUGGACAAUUCUUUCGUCACAAGCAAAGAUGAUAAUAAUUCAUCUGUUUCCAAGGUCAAAACGACUCUACCUGUAGCUCCUCACUCUUGCAUUCCUAUUCACAAUACGCCUAAUCGUGGUGGUAAGUUCUCAGAUCAAAUCUCUGGUGUAUUUUCAACUGAACAAAUGUGUGAGAACCCAUCGCAUUUGGCUGAUUUUCCGGAGGUUGGAUAUCUGAAUACUGCAAACUCGUUUUCUCCAGCAGCUUCUUUAGCUAAACCUUCAUGGUUAGUGAAUCUCUCUUCCCUACCACCAAUUUAUGGCGAUGCCAUUCGUGCCGCUAAAACAAGUUAUGGUCUCGACAGUUCAAUAAUUUACGAGAUAUUCCGCUCGUCCAAUUUGAGCACAGAAGCAUUGUAUCAUAUUUGGUCACUUACAAGCUGCACCCAACCUGGUUGGUUUACACCGACUGAGUUAGUGACUGCCUUAGCUUUAAUCGGCCUGGCACAACGUAAGCAAUGGGAAUUCCAAUCAUGUUCUCUUUCCGAAACUAUUACUAUCCAAUCACUUUACGGACAAAUAUGUCCACCUGUCCCUAUGAUACAAAUCCCUAACUCCAGUAGGCCGCCUAAUUCUACAGAUACGAUUUUUGGGUCGGAGUUAGUCACUCAUGGAAAUCCCCCAGCUAGUUUUCGAGAUCCAGUAAUCUCAGGAUGUUCAAAGUUUCCCUUCCAACCUCCCGUCGUAGCCUUUCCUGCAUUUUCCAACCGAUUGGAUAACGAUUCUUGUUACCAGUCUAUUCAGUCAUCUACAGAUUCCAGCACAUUAAAUAAUUCUGUUUACAAGACAUCAGAUCCCUUCAUGCAUUUCGUUUCAUCAGGAACCCUAUCUAUAAAUGACCCUGAGUGGUCUGAUUUUGCUUCUUUUAAUACUUCCGUUAAGCAAUCAGAGCAUAAUAGUAAUAAUAUCCCGGAAGUCUCUACAGAAGUUGGUAUUAAUGGUCAGAAAAAGUCAGUCACGAGCUCUCACAUCUCUCUAUUUGAUGAAGAGUUUGGAAAUUUUCAAACUAGUUAUUCCGUUAAUGUAUCAAAACCGACUGAAAUUCUUGAUAAGCUUCCUCAUUCGAAUUCACUAACUACAGCGAAUAAUAAUAAUCUGUUAAAAUUACCAAUACAGAAAAGUGCUUAUAAUGAUGUACAGAAUAAAAUGAAUUCUUCAGAAUCUUUAUACGAACAAUGGCUUCAUUGUUUGACUGAUUGCUUGAAAGUAUUCAAUGAUUCAUUGUUAGUUUUAUCUUCUCUUAAAAGUAUGGAAGAUCAAUUUGAAUUUGCAGAAAGUGAAGAAGGAUGUAAUUUCUUAUUGGAUGCCACUGAGAUUUAUUUGAUGACGAGACGAAUUAGCAUUUCAGCCAAGAAUUACAAUGUAAUUGAUUCAUCUAUGCAUCAACUGUUUUCGGAUAUUGAAAAUUCAUUUCGUAAAUUAUCAUCGUAUGCUGUUGUAACUGAUCUAAAGAAUAAAAUUGGUCAGGCUUUUAAUUUUGUUUCAACAUCAGAAAAUGAAUUCGUUAUUCAAGACUUUAUUAAUUCGACCACGUUCUCAUAUUGCGGAGUUUGUCUUUCAUCGAUCAACCUGACUAAUGACCAGUGUGUUAAUAAUCAUUGCAAUGAAUCAUCCAGUUUUUCUCAACACCAACAAACUAACUAUCAUUUAGUUUAUAUUAAUCUAGCUGGUCGUUGCUAUCAUAUAUCAUGUGCUAAUUUCUGGAUGAAUCGUAUCAAUCCGUGUCUACCCGCUCUUAAAAUCCCAUUGUAAUCGUUGUGAUGUAAUAUCGAAUUCGUUUCGUUUCCUGUUAUAAUCAAAUAUUUUGUGAUUACUCUAUAUAUAUUUUGUAUAUUUAUGAAGCAUUUCAUGUAGUUCAUCUCAUUUUUGUCCACUGAUUUUGGUUUGUAUCAUUAUAAGCUCCAUAUUUUCUUCCGUCUGUAUUCAUCUAUGAUCCCAAUUUGUUGCUGUUAUGAUGUUUUUACUUAUUAAUCUAUCUGUGUAUUAAUUCUAUUUACUGUGAUGCAAUAAAAUGCUAUUUUAUUUUUAACCGACAAAGAGAUUUUUCAAUGCUUUAUGACUGAUUUAACAAUGCUUGAUGAUAAUGUUUUGUUCUUUACAUAUGAUUGUCUGUGUUUUAAAAACAUCACGACUUAAGUCACAUGAGCGUUUGCUUCUAAAUUUAACACUAUUGUUAUAUAUAUAACUGUGAACAGUUUUUAUGAUUAGAUCUGUCAAAUUAGCGUUAUUCUAAUCUACUAAUACUCGGAUGAUUACGGUUACAGCUAAGUGGCAUUAAAAGAAAACUGAACAAAAUAUGGUCGGG